GAGCAUUUUCUUCCACGUGGCAUGUAUCCGUUGCCUCGCACUCUGCUUCGGCUUCUUGAUCAUCUCCCCCUUCUGAAAACUUACUACUUCUCUCCCUACACUUUGAACAUAACUACAAAAGUGAUCCUCAGCAGAUUUUCCAGCCUGAAGGCAGGAUACAGAGUAGAUUUCAUGUAGAUCCCACUACCAAGAGUGGAUGCUUUAGAUGGGAGGUGUUUGUUCUAGGAAGCGGGACCAGUUGGUUGAGGAUCACAACAUACAUAGAGGAGUGCCGGGACAUUAUUGCAAGAGUAGUAGUUCAAAGUGGCUCGGGAGUUCAUCUUCUCGAUCAUCUUUCAAUGCCAAAGAUGGAAAUAGAAAAUGCCAAUCACUCAUGGAGUUGUGCAUCUCUACAAUUUGUGAAGACAUAGACAAAUAUAACAGCUUCUCAAUGCUGCCGAGGGAUAUAAGUCAACAAAUCUUUGAUGAGUUGGUUUAUUCACAAAGCCUCAAUGAAGUCGGACUUGAAGCUUUUCGGGAUUGUGCUCUUCAGGAUGUUAAUUUGGGAGAAUACCCGGGCCUUAAUGAUAGUUGGAUGCACGUCAUAUAUUCACAGGGUUCAUCUCUUCUAUCUGUGGAUCUUUCUGCUUCUGAUGUCACAGAUUAUGGAAUGGCACAGCUAAAAGAUUGCAAAAAUCUUCAAGAACUGAAUUUUAACUACUGUGACCAAAUUUCAGACCGUGGGCUGGAGCAUGUUUGCUGCCUUACAAGCCUGACAAGCCUAAGUUUGAGAAGAAACAACAUGGUUACAGCUCAGGGAAUGAGUGCUCUGUCUGGAUUAAUCAAUUUGGUGAAAUUGGACUUGGAGAGAUCUCCUAAGAUCCAUGGGGGGCUCGUCUACCUUAGAGGCCUUACCAAACUUGAAUCUCUCAACAUCAAUUGUUGCAAUUGCAUCACAGACUCUGAUAUAAAGUCUCUUACUGUUCUAAAAAACUUGAAGGUUUUGCAAGUUGCGUCCAACAAGGUCACAGAUUAUGGUGUCACAUUUCUGCGAGCUUUGAACAAACUAACACUUCUGAACAUGGAAGGUUGCCCUAUAACAGCUGCAUGCUUGGAAUCUCUUUCAGCGCUUGGUUCUCUCUUGUAUCUCAAUCUUAGUAGAUGCCAUUUGACUGAUGAUGGCUGUGACAAGUUUUCUGGCAUACCGAGUUUGAAAGUGUUGAAUUUGGGAUUCAAUGGGAUUUCAGAUGCUAUUUUCAUACACCUCAAAGGUUUACCAAAUUUGUUGACCUUGAACUUGGAUUCAUGUGCAAUUGGAGAUGAAGGGCUGGCCUACUUAGCUGGACUUCAAAGUUUGAAGUGUUUAGAGUUGUCUGAUACUGACGUUGGAAACAACGGACUUCAACAUCUCUCAGGCUUAAGACGUUUGGAGAGCUUGAACCUAUCGUUCACUGCGAUAACAGAUGGUGGAUUGAGAAAAUUAAGGGGUCUAUCGUCACUUAGAUCCCUGAACUUGGAUGCCCGCCAGAUCACUGACAUUGGCCUUUCUGCUCUUACAAGUCUAACUGGUUUAACUCAUUUGGAUCUGUUUGGAGCUCGUAUUACUGAUGCAGGGACGCACUAUUUAAAGCAUUUGAAAAGCUUGAGGGGGCUGGAAGUUUGUGGCGGGGGGUUAACGGAUACAGGGGUGAAAAACAUAAAAGAUCUGACGGCCCUCACUCUGCUCAAUCUUUCACAGAACAGUCACCUCACUGACAAAAGCCUGGAAGCAAUUUCGGGGCUGACGUGUCUCGUGUCUCUGAACGUAUCAAAUUCGCGGGUAACAAGUGCCGGGUUGGAUCACCUGAAGACACUCAAGAAACUGAAAUCACUGACAUUGGAGUCGUGCUUCAAAGUCACUGCAAAAGACAUGAAGAAACUCCAGUCUGCCCACCUUCCCAACCUCCUUGUUUAUAGGCCGGCUGCCCCCACUGUAUGACCCCUCUUCCCUCGUGAUACAAGAACAGGAAGAAGAAGAAUUUAGAUUGAGAAGCCACUUAUCCAUCGAGCUUCCUCCUCCUCUGUGUGUACAUCUAAUAAAAAGCGCAAGCAUUUGCUGAAUUGUAAAUAUGACGCAUGGCCAGUCUUAUGUUUUUAUGGCCAGGGGUGGAACUUUACUUAUUGUAAAAAAAUUGUAAAUCAUACUCUUCAAAGUAUUUAGUGGAAUAAAAUAUGUGAAAUGACUACAA